AUGUAUGUUCAUACGUUUGAUAAUGAUAAUCAUCAAAAUCAAUGUGAUGAUAUGUGUUUAUUAAAUAUCAAUGAAAUUGAUAUGUCAAAGUUUAUAAGUGGCACAAAUGAAGAGAAAAAAGAAAUUGCAUUAUUAUUUGAUAAAACUUUUCAUGAAUAUGGUAUUAUUCGAUUAAUGAAUACUAAUAUUACAUCAGAAUUAAUAGAUAAAUCAAAAGAAUUUUUUUCAUUAAAUUUGGAAACAAAACUGAAAUAUUAUGUAAAUGGUCCAUAUUAUGAAAUACCUGGAUAUAAACCAACAGGAUUAGAGUCUGUUGCCAACUAUAAGGGACAAAAAAAGGCAUCAUAUUCCGAUUCUGUCGAAGCUUUUUAUAACAUUUUCAAAUCCCAAUCAAAACAAUUUAAUUUUUCUAUUGAUCAAUUACCUGAAUUAUUUCGUGAUGUUAUACCGGACUAUAUAUUAAAAGCAAGACAAUUAAUUACUUAUGUUCAUAGUAUUGUUGAUAUGGCAUUGGAAUUAGAUGAAAAUACAUUUGAUAAAAAUUAUACAAAUGAUAAUGCUAUUUUUAGUUUAAGAUUAACUAAAUAUUUACCAACGAAAAAUGAGGAACAAUUAGCAUUCGGAGAACAUCAAGAUUUUCUUGGAUUUACAUUAAUACAAAAUGAUAAUGUACCAGGUUUAGAAGUGAACGUAAAUCGAACAUGGUUUCGUGUAGAAUCUAAACCAGACACUUUAUUAUUAGUUGGCGGUGAAUUUAUUGAAAGAUGA